AUGAAGACAAUAGCAAUUAUUGGAGGAGGUCCAUCAGGGUUAGUCUCUGCAAAGUCAGCAUUAGAGUGUGGUUUAGUUCCAACUGUAUUUGAAAAACAAGAAAAUUUUGGUGGCAAUUGGGCUCCAAAUACAACAAAAGCAUGGAAUAGUUUGCGUACAAAUGUUUCAAAAUUCUCUUGUGCAUUCUCUGAUUUUCCACAUGAUAUAAACGACAGUGAUAUGUUUUUACCUCAAGAAAAAGUUUAUAAUUAUUUAUAUAAUUAUGCUAAAAAAUUCAAUGUGCUCAGUCAUAUUAACACCAGCUGUAGUGUCACCAGAGUUUCAAAAGCUGAACAAGAUUCAUGGAAAAUAGAAUGGAUAGAUAACACCGAUAAAGAAUCGCCAAAGGCAAAAGAGCAAGUUUUUAAUUUUGUAAUUAUUGCAAGUGGUAUCAAUAGCACCCCAGCCAAAUUUGACCAAGGUGGUUUAUUAAAUUCAUACACUGGUAAUGUUAUUCAUUCAAGAGAAUAUAAAUCCCCAGAAAGCUACAAAGAUAAAAGAGUACUUCUCAUCGGUAAUGCAUUCAGUGGCUCCCAAAUAGCUGUCGACUUAGCAAAAACUUCCAAAAGCGUCCAUCAAGUUGUAAGAAGGGAUAAUCAAUGGGUUUUAUCAAACACAAUUCCUCUCGUAGUAGAUAAAGAAAAAGGUACUGAAACUAAUGCUCCAAUUGACUUUGUGUUUUAUGUUAGAAAAACCUCUUAUGAAAAUAACAAACUAUCAAAGCCAGAAUAUAACCAAACUUUAAACAAUAUAGUACAAUUCUUAACUAAAAACAACCUAAGCUGUGAAGACUUUAAAUAUAGCCAAGAUGCUUUUUCUCUCCCACCAUAUUUCAUUAUAGCUCAUGAAGAUUAUAUUCCAUCAGUCGAGAAAGGCGAUAUUCAACUAUUAAGAAAUUGUGCUAUCAAAAAUGUAAAUGAAAAACAAAUUACAUUUGAAUUUAAAGAGCAGGAUGUAGAUGAAAAGAGCUUUGAGUUUGACGAAAUUAUAUUAUGUACAGGAUAUCAAACAGACUUAACAUUUUUGGACAAAGAAAUAUUAAAUGAAAUAGAGUAUAUUCCAGAUGACUACUAUGUAUCUUGCUUAUUACAUAAAAAUGUAUUUCCACGUAAUUUAAAAAAUAUUGGAUUUGUUGGAAUUAUCAAUACCCCUUUCUUUAAUACUUUAGAGUUAAUGUCAAGAUGGGUGGUAUAUGUAUUUUCAGGUCUUAUUAAAGAACCAACUAAAGAAAUCAUAGAAAAUGGAAUUAAAGAUCAAAUUAACAUCCGUAAUGCAAAUGCAGAAAUAAAAUAUCAAUUUCCAUAUAAUGAUACUGUUAUCCAUUGCGAUGAUUUAGCAAAAGAAAUUGGAGUUUUACCAGAUUUUGAAGAAAUAAAGAAAAAUGAUCAAGAUCUUUAUAAUUCACUAUGGAAUGUAGUUUAUUGUAACUCCUGCUAUAGAUUAAAGGGUCCAUUUUCAAAUCCAACACUAGCCAAACAAACACUAAGCCAUUAUAAUGAAACAUUUAAUAAAGUUAUGUCACCAUAAUCAAAAAGAAAUGGUAUAAAUAAAUAAAUAAAUAAAACAAAUAAAAAAAAAUAAAUAAAUAAAACAAAUAAAUAAAUAAAAUAAAUAAACUAAAUAAAUAAAAAAAUAAAUAAAAUAAAUAUUAAAUAAAGAAAAAAAACAUUACUUUUA